ACUCAAAUGAAAAGUGUUGUUUCGCUCCUCCCAGCAGUUUUUAGUGUAUUUGGCGCAUCCCCUUUACUUUAUUGUUUACUAUUCAAUUAAGUCCUCUUCUUGCUAUGUGUUAUGUUAAGUUAAUUUAACUAGACACGCGAUAUAAUUAUAAACAGCUCUGUAAUUAAUGUUCGUUCGAUGUCAAUAGGGACGAUAUUUGUUUGCUGUGUCUCAUCCAAAAUGGCAGGAAAGACGAAUAAUUUGCAUUUAGACAUUAGCUGAUGUGAAAUAAUGAUAUUAAGUGCGUCUAGAAGAGUGUCGUGUGGGUGGACUGUGAAUUAACGCGGGAAUGUGGACAUAGAAGUGUGAGAUGGGAUCCCAGACUUUGGAAAUUCUGCGUCAGGGUGUUUGGGCAUCUCUGACAGGCGGCUGGUUUUACGAUCCGCAUCAGAAUUUGUUUUGCAACACUGUGCACCUGUACGUGUGGCUUUUCUUGCUAUGCCUUCCGUUCUCCGUGUACCUGUACUUCCCUCCAGCAAGUCUCGGGUGGGUCAUCUACUGCUCGCUGGUGGCUCUUCUCUUCACGACCCUGAAGCUGCUCAACCAUGGGCUCCACCACAUGUAUGACACCAGCGAAUGCAUUGUACUCCCGCCAAGCACCGAUGGGACUUCUAAUGACAAUACUACCCGCGAUGAAGGCAUGGAGAUGCAGAUGCUCCGUCCGGCUGCCGCCAGCAGCGACAACGAGUCCAUGGCGGGCGCCGACUACAACAAACCCAACAACAGCACCAUAGAUUUGAAAGUGGACGUGCACAGAAAGAACAGUUCGGAAUCUAGCAACGAGGACAGCACGCUGUCAGUGAAGUUGUCGGACGUGGCGGCCGCCGGCGCCGAGCUCGCGGCGCCCGAACCCGGGCCCUCCGGCGCCAAGAGGCCGCAGCCGAGACGGAAGCCCAAACGCGACCCCCGCGUGAAACGUCGCGCCAACCGCAUCGACGAGCUCAUCGUGGAGGAGGCGGGGCGCGCGCCGCCGCACGACGACGGGCCCUUCGCCAAGGUGUCGCGCCGCUACCGGGACUGCUCCCACCGCCGCACGGAGCACCGGGACUUCUUCAAGGAGUGGCUCUACCUCGACGGCAACGAGGCCGUCGGGGAACCUUACCACUCCAAGUUCGCCCGCCAGCUCAGCUCCGACUCCAGAGACAACUCCGAACCCAGCGUCGGCCCGCCCUCCCCGAAGAAAAGGUCGCACCGGAGAAGAUAUACCAACUAUCCGGAGGAAAACUGCACCAAAUCCGCAGUAGCGCUCGCCACUCAGGAAUUAAACAGGAAUAUGAGAUGUAAAUCUAAUUCGACCAUGUCGACUAUACAGCUGCCUUUGCUGAAUUCGACCGCUCAGCUGGUUUCGCAUAUGCGAAGACACUCGAAUAACACGGAUACGGGUUUCUUUGCGAGCGUGGAGCUCGGGGAGUAUAUGAUGGUUAAAGCGGAAGCUCCGGCCGGUGACGCUGAUAAAAAUAAAGGCAAAAGUCCAGGAGUUAGGAGAAUUAAGAGUGCCGCGUUGGAGAUAGGAUGCCCCCCGCCCAGUGUGUCGAAUUUAUCCCCCCAUCCUAAUAGCGUAGAGACUAUAGGCGGACAAGUAUUGAAAAACCCGAAAAAUGCCGUCAUACCGCCGCCGAGCAAAUGCUUGACUAGGGGACCCCAUUUUAAUUUAUUUCCUCGAAGCGAACCCGACGAGGGCAGAGGCAGCUACCCCUACUUAACGUACGGUUCGGAAAUAGUAUACCCCAUAGCUGAAAUAUCUGAUGAAAUGCAGACGUCGCAGAAAGAGACCGAUUUAGAUUCGAGCGGUGAAAGUUACAGUGAUUACGAAGAUGAUAAGCAGUUCCGAGGUUUCGAUUGGGACGCGGAGCAAUCCCCCGUUGUGAGAUCCAGUGAUUCAGAUUAUGAGAAUAAUGGGUCAAGAUCUCCUUUGCUAGACAGAGCGACGGACGUCCGAGUGGUCCGGACAAAGAACCAAGAUUGCAAGAAACAUUGCUGUGAACGACACUCGAAGCAGAAUCCGGAGUGCGCUCAUAGCAAAUCUAAACCUGUAAGACUGAAGAAGCUUAUGAAACAAGAUGAAGCCAAGUGUGUUGAUCGACCGAGUGGUUCGUGUGAGUGUAAAUAUCCCGCUGACUCUUUUGAUAAAGCCAGUGCUAGUUCUAAAGACUUGCUUAUAGAGAAGUCGAGCUUAGAAUCCAAUGAGAAUGAGAAGAAAGGUGAUAAGCCAGCAGAGAAGAAACUGUGGGACCAUGAUAUUUCUAACUCUAGCAGUAGUAGUGAAGCUAAUUUUGAUAGACCACCGGAGAAAGCGAAAGAAGAUGAAAAAGUCUUCCAAGAGACUGAGGAAUCACAGGUGACUGAUAGUAAAAGCGCGGAUGAGAGAAGUGUUUAUAGUAUAGAUUGGUUAUUUGAAGAAUCGGCUAUAGAAGAAUCCCCACCCUGCUGCCCGGUUGUCUGUCACGAAAAUUGUGCUACAGAAGAAAUUAUAUGCCAAAAACUUGCCAACGCCUUAGGCGAAUCCUCAUUCAAUGUCCCAAAAAAUUUAGGAGCUAUUCCGAAGCAGAUUAAAAAUUUGGCGCGUUCGAGAGCUUCAUCUGAGAAGGAAAAUAAGAAAAAAGAUUCAAAGAAAGAGAAUGAGACUGAAGAUAGAACGCUUAUGGAUGCUGUGGAAGCUCAGGCUGCUUUAGUACAGGGUUUAGAAUGUUUAUUUGCUGCUACGAAUGCAAAUACGGUUGUUAUGCCACCUCCCAGAGAGGAUCGACCAAGAAGUCACAGGCAAAGCAUUAGAGGUGAAAGGGAAAACUCGCACAAAACCAGGAAAAGAUCAAUAGAAGAGGUCGCACAAACGUCCACAAACACACUACUCCCCACUUCCAUGCCUUUACUAGCGGCUUUCCUAAAUUCCAGAGUAGAUUUAAUGCCCUGCUGUUUACCCGAAAAUGCCCCCCCAGAGCUAGUUCAAUACGCCGAAGAAGGCCAAAGACUUAGACCUCUAAUGGACAGGAACCACAGGAAUAGAGUGCGAAAAAUAAAACGAUCUACCAGACAAAGAAACAAUCCGUCCAAUCAUUGUAAUGCUGAUAAAAAAGACAAAACCCCGAACCCGGAAAAUCCUAACACCUCCAACAGUGUUCAUUUCGCGACGUCUUUUGACGACACGACAGACGGAGCGAUACAUUGCUUCAUGGAUGAAUAUGGCAAUUGGAUGUCAUAUACAUUUGAUAAGAAUAGCUCAGGAAGGGCUCAAGCCCAACCCAUUCCUCUCCCAGACAAAGAAGAUGUUAGAUGUAAUAGAGUGAAGCCAAUAGAAGCUCCAGAUUCGCAGGAAACCGGUGAAGGUAGCUGCGGAUCAUUAGAAUCAGAAGCGGGGAACAGCGAAAGCAUAGCGAAACCUAAAAGGGAAAACAGCAUUGAUCAAAGCUCUUCUAAUCAGGGCAGUAAUAACCCAUUACUGUCUAGUAACAACAAUGUUUCCGCUGUUGUUCCGAUUAAUACAAAUAAUGCGAAUAAAAGGUUUUAUGUUUUUGAUGGUGGGACCGGAUCCCGCACGGAUCAACCACGAUCCCCUGUGGCGUACGCCACUGAUAGCUUAUUAGAGCAAAUUGAGGCUGAAAGACAGUCUAGAAUGGGCUUCCCAAGCAUGCAUAUAAACUUCUUAAUGAGUCAGCAGAGAGCACAGAGGGAACAGGCUCAGCAAUCAGUUGAAACUGUCAGUAACAAUAUACCAAGUCUGAUGCCUUCAUCUAUAGGAGAAGCGAGCCUAGAAAUCAACAUAAGGAGUAAAUUGUCAAAGUUCAUGGACGAAAUAGAGAAAGCCAAUCAGCCGAAACCAAAGAGUUACUACAAGUUUAAUCUAUGGAAGUGUUUUGAAGUGAAAGUGACGAUGGACAGAUUGAAAUUGAUGGCGUUAUUUGACAGGAAUUUAACGUUCAAAGAGACUUUUAUUUCUAUCUUACUAGCUAUCUCAGUGGCGGUUUUAGGCUCAAUGGUGUUAAAUCUAGGAUUCUACAGGGAUAUAUACGCGUUCUGGUUCUGUUUCAUAAUGGCUGGAAGCCAAUAUUCUUUACUGAAAAGUGUCCAACCGGAUUCGGCGUCACCCGUUCACGGUUUCAACAAAAUGGUCGUGUUUUCUCGACCGGUAUACUUCUGUUUAUGCACAGCAAUACUAUGUCUGGUCCAUGGGCAGUUGCAGCAGAUGCCAGAUGAACAUUUUAGAAGUAAACGAAGUGUGGAUGAGAAACCUCUAACUAUAUACGGGUUCGAAAUGAACGAGAGAGAUUUUUUACUAGUAAUCCAGGAAAUUCUCGCGAAAUUUCUUCUCUUCUUCCCUCUAGCGUUCAGUUUAGGCUUGUUUCCACAAGUAAAUACGUUUCUCAUGUAUCUGCUAGAACAAAUCGACAUGCAUAUAUUUGGUGGUAACGCUACCAGCAGUUUAAGCGCUGCGGUAUAUUGCCUAAUAAGAUCUUUAGCGGCUAUAGGAGUUCUAUACGGCUUCGCUUACAGUGGACUCGUUGAAGGCAAGAAAUCACAGCAUCAGAAGCACAAUAUACUAUUUUCUAUCUUCUGUGCUUUACUAGUACCUAUAGCAUAUCAUUUAAGUAGAAGCGCAAGCGAUUACACAUUAAUAUGGAAUUUAAUUAAAAAGCACUUACUUCCACCUGAGUUAUACGUGAUACAGACGCUGCCAGAAGUUACACCGGAAGCGGAUAAAGCUGAAACCACAUUAACAGACGACAAGAAAAACAAUUCAGAAAGUAAUAUCUCUAAACAGAACUCCAUAGGAUCUUCUGCAUCAAAAAUAAACUUCAGCUCUGAGACUAACAUAGCUAAAACGCAAAAGCGAUCGCAGACCUCAAGCGUCAGCUCUUUAAAAAUGGAUCCCAGGGGUGAUACUAUGUCUACUUCAUCUUUAAAGGAACCGAACGAGACGGAAGAUAAAAGUCAGACGAAAGAGGCAGAGAAGCCGGUAGAUGAGGAUAUGGAGGAUCCUUUGCCUAAGAAGUUGCAGGCAACGGUGAAUGCGAGAUUGAAGAACGAUGUGAUUGUCUGCACGUUUCUGGGCUUGUUCGUGUUUGGCUUGCAUUGUACUACGGUGUUUACGUCGCUUACUAAACUGCAGUUGAACAAGGUGGUCUGGAUAAUAUGUGCGGUGGGCUGGGUCCUACACUACAUAACCCCUCAACUGCGAAAACAGCAACCUUGGCUCUGUUUAGCAGGGCCAGUGUUAAGGCCGCACGAACACGCUCAGUUUGAGGUCACCGAACCGGCGAAACUUAUGUAUUUCGAAAAGAUAUUCGUGUACCUCUGUUUCCUGGAGCGCAACGUUCUGUACCCGGGCGUGGUGGUGGCCGCUACAACGCAGGACGCGCCGCUAAUAGCCGCUAAAUACGGAGACGCGCUGGCGGCGCUGUUUGUGUGCGUGGCCGCGCUCAAGUGCCUCCGGAACGCAUACUCGGAACCUGAAACUCAAUACCUGAUACUGGUGUUCGCAUACCUGCUGUUUCAAUGGGACCUCAACAGUCAAAACAUCUCCGAACAGUUCCUUAUUGAUUACUUCGUCACCGCCAUUAUAUUCAGCAAGGUGUACGAGUUUUUGCUUAAGAUCCAGUUCGUGGUAACCUACAUCGCGCCCUGGCAAAUAACCUGGGGCAGUGCCUUCCACGCGUUCGCCCAGCCAUUCAGCGUGCCCCAUUCCGCCAUGUUGUUUCUACAGUGUGCUGUUUCGGCGUUAUUAUCGUCCCCUCUCACUCCCGCUUUGGGCAGCGCAAUAUUCAUGACAUCGUACGUGCGUCCCGUCAAGUUUUGGGAGCGCGACUAUAACACCAAAAGAGUCGACCAGAGUAACACGAGGCUUUCGUCACAGUUGGAGCGAAAUCUGGGGGCUGAUGACAACAAUCUUAACUCGAUAUUCUACGAACACUUAACUCGCUCGUUGCAACACUACCUGUGCGGGGAUCUCAUGCUUGGCAGAUGGGGGCAGGUCCAACAAGGAGAUUGUUUCGUGUUAGCUUCAGAUUACUUGAACUGCCUCGUCCACAUAGUAGAGAUGGGCAAUGGAUUGGUCUCGUUUCAACUGCGAGGGCUCGAGUUUAGAGGCACAUACUGUCAGCAACGUGAAGUCGAGGCUAUUUCGGAAGGGCCAGAGGAGAGUGGUGAAGGCGUAUGUGGCGUUUGGGCCUGCGGUCUCGGCGGGGCUCGCUUCCUGGCGCCGGGCGCCGCUUGGGCGCUGCGCUGGCUGGCGUGGCAGCUGGCCGCCGCUCGGUACGUGCUGGAGGGGUACAGCGUGGCCGACAACAGCGCCGUGUCCAUGCUGCAGCUGUUCGACUUCAGGAAGGUGCUGCUCACGUAUUAUGUCAAGAGCAUAAUCUACUACACCAUGCAGUCAGCGAAGCUUGAAGAAUGGCUGUCAUCGCCAACGUUGACUGAAGCUUUGAAACCGAUGGGAGAGCGCUCGUUCGUCGACCUCGACCCCAUUUUUAAUGUGAAUUUGGACGAAGAUUACGACUUCAGAGCAUCAGGAAUCACCAGGUCGCGAUUCUGCGCAGUGUAUCAAGAGUGGAUCGUGCACUGCGGCUCUCGGCGCGGGGCCGGCUGGAGGCGCCGCGCGGGCGCGAGGGACUCCCCGCUAGUGACGCUCUGCUUCGCGCUCAGUGUGGUCGGACGCCGCGCUCUAGCGCACGCACAACAUCUAUCUGCCUCCAGCGUGGAAUUCUUCCUGUACGGUCUCCACUCGCUGUUCAAGGGCGAUUUCCGCAUCACCUGUGCUCGCGACGAGUGGGUUUUCACCGACAUGACACUGCUACACUCUGUGUUAGCACCUGCCAUCAGGAUGGCUUUGAAACUGCAUCAGGACCACUUCAUGUUUCCCGAAGAGUAUUGCAGCAGUUCAGCUCUGUUCUCCGCCAUCGCGUGUCAUUCCGCCCGACUGGUCAUCUGUCACGAAGCGGCCCCGGCUUGGCGACACAACGUUCUCCGUGGAGCCCCACACCUAUUGGCCCUUAGACACGUAAUGGACGAAGGCAACGACGAUUACAAGAUAAUAAUGCUUAACAAGCGCCAUCUAGGUUUCCGCGUGAUCAAGUUGAACCGCGAGUGCGUCCGCGGGCUUUGGGCCGGACAGCAACAAGAACUAGUGUAUCUGAGGAACAGGAACCCGGAGCGAGGGUCCAUACAGAACGCUAAACAGGCACUACGCAACAUAAUAAACUCAUCAUGCGACCAGCCCAUCGGUUACCCGAUCUACGUGUCACCGUUAACCACAUCAUACGCUGACACGUCUCCUCCGCUAUGCUCAUUACUCGGCGGGCCUGUUACUGUUAAAGCUAUCAGGACCCGAGUCGCUGCACUGUGUAAAAGGAUCCGUCGGCGCUGCGGCGAGGGCUGCUCUAGCGGCGGCGUGGACGCGGCCGCCGCGGAGGCCGGCGCGGCGCGGGCCGUCAGCACUCCGCGGCACAACACCCUGCAUCUGUCCAGGAGCUCGCUAGCUGGUACACGAGGUAGCUUAGCUAGCUCAGGCAAGCCAGGCGCAACAUUAGCUUCCUUAGCAGGCUUACUACGAGAACAUUCACACGAACGAACGCAAGAGGAGGCCGCGAACGCUUAUGGCAACACACAGGACACAACGGACAGCCGCCGGCGGAGCGAGGAGCGUGCGCCGGGGACGGCGCGACGAGAGAGGAACAUGAGGGCGAGGAGUCACGGCAAGGAGCCCGCUAGACAGGGUCGGGCGCGGCGAGCGCGCGCGCGGCCCGCGUCGUGCAGGUCGGACGCGCGCCCCGCCCCCGCCCCCGGCCCCGCACCCGCCCCCGCCCCCGCCCCCGCCAUGCCCGGGCCAGGGCCAGGGCAGCCCGACGAGCCGCAGGGCUCCACGGGAAGCGGAUGGGAAGGCGCCUGGCGGGACCAACCGAGGCGUUCCGCUAGUUCUAAGACGGCCGCCCCACGGCGAUCAGAAGAGUCCUCACUGGAGGAGCUGGCCCCGCACGGCCUCUCCGACGUGUCCCUGCCUGACUGCAAGAUACUCGCCAACAGGCACGCCAGGCAAGACAGAGACUUACAAAGAUACUUCCUAAACGAAGGCACGUCCAAAGACCUCUCCAAACUCAGCAAAGAAAUCCGUCACGAGCGAGAAAGCUACCGCGAACUAACCGGUCGCUACAUUGAAAAACCUGAAGCUAUACCGCUCAAAGAAACCCACUACUCCGACCUAUCUAAUAAAGAGUCUAUACUUAAGAAAGAAGGGAAAAAGGACUCUAAGAAUAAAGAUAUAAAGACUAAAAUCAAACGAUCGGAUUCAGGUAGAAGCGAGUUAAAGAUGAAUGUCAGUGUUGGUAGUAAAGUGUUGAUCGUUGAGCCGCUUGGUGUGUACGAUUGUAUCAAUUUGGGGAGGAGGAUAGAUGUGCAGUGGCCUUCGGAGGCUCAGAGGGAGAGGGGGGGGAGGAACUUUUGGGGGAGCUGGGUGCCCAUGCCGGGGAUGGAUGGACUGGUGGUACACAAAUGGACCCCCAACCACCGGGACCCUAAACUACGAUCCCACGUCGACAAGAGCAUCCUUCUCAUUCAGAUAGAAGACAAAUUCGUACCCAUCGCCGAGAACUGUGUUCAGGACCUCGGCGACGAGGUUUGAGGUGAAAUAAACCUUAGUACAUGGAUAUAAGAUUCAAAAUUGCGGUAGGAAUUUAUUUAAGAUAUUACCUAUUGAAAGUGUCGUUCAUGAUCGAAAUUAAACUAUCGUGAGACAUUUCAAAAUAUUUAGAUCACUACGGUUGUACUCAAUUUUUAGUCGCUUUUAGCGACAUGUUUCGGACUCUUCGGGAGUCCUUCCUCAGGCACGAGUGUACGCGGCGGCUCUACUCCGUGCACUCAAAAUCCCAAAAGCGACUAAAAAUAAUAGUGAGUGAAACCGUAGUGAUCUAAAUAUGUGUCGUUCAUGAUUCAUGAAGAAUUUGUAACAAAUUAGUGUAAAACUUGUACUUUGCCGCGCUCAGAGGUCCUACCGCGAACACCAACCGAAUUUCGGACGUUUUUCUCUUUUACUCCAAUUAAGGCGUAAUUAGACUGACAGAGAAACAUGCGCUGUGACCCUCUAAAACCCUCUGAGGGGUAAUUCCGUACAAGCCUAGGCUUGAAAAUUCGGCCGAAGCUUAACACAACACUUUGUUCUGUAAGUCGGCGGUUGAAAUAAUACGGUCGUGUACAGAAUUCCAUUGUUUGUGCACAAGUGUAAGCCAUUUUGAACUUUAUUUCGUACAAGUAAACUACAAAAUCGCGAUCUCAUGUUACUAACUUCCGUCAUGUAUUAUGUACAUACAUCGGGGUUUUUGGUGCGUGAAUAAUUUAUAACUUUGUUAUAAAAUAAUUACCAAAUACCAAACUAUGAAAUAAAACUAUGAAAACGGAUUAUAUCGCGUAUAUUGAAUUUAUAAUACAUCCCGACGUUUCGAACUCUUUACAGCGUUCGUGGUCAACGGGUGACUGUGAGGAAAAGCUACAAAGUGCAAAAAUACCAACAUACAAAAAUAAUGAACCAUCAUAAACUAUAAACUUUAACGCUGGUUGUGCAUGCAAAAUCCGCGAUAUAAUCCGUUUUCAUAGUUUAUUUCAUGAGUAACUAUCGCUGUUAGCGAAGGCAAUAUUACCAAACUAUGAAUUUAAAAAAUAGGUACCUCCAAUAUGUGCUUUGAAAUGUUAAAACAGUAUCGGUUUUUACAGUUUUUACUUAUUUUUUGGCUAGUAUAAAACGUUCCCGCACCAAAAACCCCGAUGUAUGAUUGUGUGUAUUGUGGCAAACAAAUAAACAGUUAUCUUAUCUUAUCUUAUGCUUAUAUCGUACGAUUAAUACUCAAAUGUUAUAUUGUUCAAGUCUUUAUACAAUAUUAUGGCAAUGAAAUGUAAUCCUUAUUACGUACGCGUAAGGCUUAAAUUUGAUCUUAUGAAUUGUAGGUUACGUUUGUGGGUUAAAAUGUAUUGAAACUAGUUUUCUGCAUUUAUUUGUCACAAAUUGUGAAGUAUGAAUAGCACAAAUUAUAAAAAUGACGUAAAUUCUCAUAUCCUUUUAAAUAAUAAUGGCAAUAUAAGUUGUCAGUAAUUCGAGCAAUAGUGAUGGUUAUGAUAUAUUGGUAAUUUAAAUUUUAAACUAACUUAAGUAUCGGAAGAGGUUUCUGAUUUCAUUUGGUUUAUCAUCAAAUUUAUUUUAAAUAAAUUGAUAAGUAACGUAUUAAUGCAAUAAGUUAAUACGAUUGAGUGAAGAAUAUUCUAGAUAAAUUGAAUUUGGUGAUUAUUCAGCUAAUGGAAUUAAAGAUAAUAGUGAAUUUAUAGUACCUAAAUGAACUCGGUUAAAAGCAUUUAGAACUGAAUAACAUUAAAAAAAAAUAAGUAAAAGUUUCUAUAAAACUGGAAUAAGACUAUACUUUAAAAAAAGUAAUUACCAACUAAAAAGUAUUACGACCACGGGCAUGUAAAUGGUGCUUUUAAAUAUUAGACACCAAAUUAUAAUAGGUAGUGGUUCAGAUAAUCACAGAUAAAACCGUAUAAUACAGGACAGCGACUUGUAAAUAUUGGCAGAUAUAAUAAAAGUAUAUAACUAUAUAGACCAAUAACUAACCAUCGGUCUUAUUUCAAUCUAAGUAUUUGAAACUUUAAAUGUAUUAAACAAUUUGCUUAGAAGUUAAUACGUCAAAUGGUUUAUAAGAUUUGAAUAUAAACAGCGAAAUAUUGUAAACUGUAUAAAUAAAUCAUAUAACAGCUAUAUAGACCAAUAACUAACCAUCGGUCUUAUUUCAAUCUAAGUAUUUGAAACUUUAAAUGUAUGAAACAAUUUGCUAAGAAGUUAAUAUGUCAAAUGGUUUAUAAGAUUUGAAUAUAAACAGCGAAAUAUUGUAAACUGUAUAAAUAGUAUGUCAAUAAAUUGUAUACCAUUAUAUACUGUUGUACUUUGGCAAUUCUAUUCGGUUAUGUAUAUAAUAAGUUUCGUUGUGUGUCCUUCAUAUGGAAAGUUAAUGUAAAUAAACUGUACAUUAUGUAAAAUAUAUGUAAACAACCUGUAUAUUAAUCGCUUUAAUAUAUAAUAUAUAAAAUACCCGUACACUUUAUUUUGUAAGUAGAUUUUUUAUUUUUGUUAUUUUUUUGAACUUCGCUCCCAAAUUGAAAUUUCCUUUGACGCCAAAUAUGUUGUGUUGUAUUUAUGUCAUUUAUAUGUAUUUAUUAGGUAGGGUUCUGUGUUGAAUGCGUGCACGUGGUUAUUAGUCCAAUAAUUGUAUACAAAUGUAUAAAUAUGUCUGCGAGUUGUCUUAUAUUUCCUUUUUUUUCUUAAUUUUGAACUACAACAAUAAUUAAGUUUUAAAAUUUAAAUCAGAUUUCUUAAAGCUUAAAUCAGAUUUCUUAAUUUUGUUUUAACCAUUUGACGACUCGUUUUCGUAAACGCCAGUGCCGCUGUUUGAUGUCUACGAUUGUGAUGUAUAUUUGUAUAUCUAUGUAUAAUAUCUAUCUAUGUAUUGUUUAUAGAGUAAGUGGCGCGUUGAGUUUUACGAAUUUAAGGGAGAAUAAAUUAUUGAAGUUAAAACGUAAGUAUCUUUGUCUUUCUUUCUAUUGUAGGCUCGGUUUGACGCUGAUUUGAUUCGUCCUUUGUAUUUAGAACAAAAUGGCUGUUCUGUUUAUUACGAGUUUAUACAUUUGCUACUAAACCCAAGUUACAAAUGUAUGAACACGUAAUAAACACUAAUCAAUGUGUCAGUACGGGUAAGUAUGCCAGUCAGCCACACUUACCCGCACUGACCUUGCCAGGUUUUUUUAGUCUAUUUUAUUAUGUGAUUACUUCAUCUCAUUGUUACAGUAAAAAAAAUAUUUCUCGGUAGCUAUACUUAAAACAUGUAAAAAUUUGGUUUCUUGUUGCCAAUAGUGAGUAGUUUUAUACAUUAUUUGAGCAUACCAAUAAAAAUGUUUUUGUUUUGUUUUCAAUAUUGUGCAAUGGAUGUUUUAAAUCAGAUGUCAAAAUACCUUGCUUUGCGUGGCACCGCUGUGUCGAAAGUCCGUUUGGGAUUACUAAACUUUGAAGUUUCUAGAAUUAAACUGAGUUAAAUCACUAAAGUUAAUUUGUAACCUGUAUUAUUUCACUGUCAUCACGACCCUUAUCCAAGAAAAAAUUAAACUCCGAGAAAUCGUUACAUUAUAGAAAAGACGCUUAAAAAUAGACUUAUAGAAUUAUCUGUCAUACAAAGAUUUUCUCUUUCCUUAAAUACUGGGAAUAGGAAGGCCUUUUACCAUACGCCAUAUAUUCCUUUUUCAUUGUCGAAUAGUCAAAUUUGCCCCAUCGGCGCACUUUGCCUCUACUGGUCUUAUAAAUCACCUAUCUAGUUUAAAAAAAAAAGUUAAAAUGCUAUAAUCACAUUAAAAUAAAAUUACAUAGAGUUAGGACCAAGGUCUGCAACGAUUUUGAUAGCACACGCAGUGCAAGUGUUAUUUUAAAAGUCAAACUUCUAUGCAAUUAUGAUGUAUAAAUAACACUUGCACUGCGUGUGCUAUCAAAAUCGUUGCCGACUUUUCUUGGUCUAACUCUAUUAAAUUUCGUUGCUUGCUUUAAUCCAUUUAAGUCAAGAGUAUUAAUAGUAUUCUCGAACGGACUACGCGUAAUAUAUUAUAUAUUCUCGAGUUGCCUUAAUAUAUUUUAGACUGAUUUUUUAUAUUCGCGAGCGUGAAAUAUGAGUAACUAGAUAAUGUAAGUCGCUCUGAUUAUUAAUAUUAAGGAUAUCAGUGUACUUAUAUACGUCGGAUUUAAGGCGGUUUCACAUAGUUCUGUUCCAUUUCAAUAUUCAAGUUUGUGUGUAGCUACCCUUAUUCGUUGUGACUUCUUACAAGAAAAUUAUAAAAGUACUAGUAUAAACACGGAAAAUCUGAAACUAUAAGGGUUUUUUUAAUUUAUUUGUCCAUCUUGUUUUAAUAAAUUUGUACAAUUGGCAGUUGUACAAAAAACAUUUACAUCGAUUUUAAUUUCUCGUUCGAAAAAAGAAAUUCGUGAAGAUCUUUUCAAGUUCUGUUUACCGUCAACUUAUUUAACACGUUGGCUGCCAUGAGUAUCACCGGUGGGAUCACGUAAUCUUCUCUGUGUGGCCAUGAGCAUCGCCGGUGGGAUCACGUAAUCCUCUCUGUGUGGCCAUGAGCAUCACCGGUGGGAUCACGCAAUCUUCUCUGUGUGGCCAUGAGCAUCACCGAUGGGAUCACGUAAUCUUCUCUGUGUGGCCAUGAGCAAUUGAGCAUCACCGGUGGGAUCAAAAGCUCACUUAAAUUUCUGUUGGGCGUGGGAGCAAUACUGUAGGUGAGUAUGGUGGGCAGCCAACGUGUUAAACGGAUAUUAAUAAGUUUGCUGUAAACACUUUUUUAUAAACACUCUUCAACUUGUUUUUUAGCUAUUAAAAUUAGAUUCGUUAGAACCUCUCUCUUUAAAAUAUGACUUUCUCAAUUUAUAAAUAAUUCCGAUUGAAUUAUUAGAAAUAUUGUUAUAGCUCUUGUCUCUUUUAAAGUUUUAAUUAAAUAUAGUCAGUAUUACUUUGCACAAACUUCUGUCAAAAAUAUAUUUGUAAAGAAGUAUGAUAAAUUUCGUUAUAUACAUUAAAUUAUAUUUAAAGUAAUGGCUCCUUUUCAUUAGACCAUUUGUGAUUCUGGAUGUCACUCAUGCACUUGUCACAUAGAGAAAUAAGUAAGCAUAGAGUGCUCACUCCAUACAUCAGUAUUCUUACAAAAACGCUUAUUAUUUUCGUCGUCUAGCGUCAAGUAGCGGAUUAUCAGUACUGCUACUUGACAAUAGAUGUCGCGACGAACGAAAAGUCUAAUGCUUAACAAUCUUCAGCUAAUAUUAUAACCGGAACUCUUUUCAGCUCCUGCUUGUAAUAUUAGUUGUAAAUUGUUGAGCAGUACACUUUUCGUCAGUCGCGACAUCUAUAGUGUCAAGUAGUACUUAUAAAUCCUCUACUUGACGCUAGAUAUUGACUACGACAAUAAUAAGCGUUUUGGUAACAAAACUGAUGUAUGGAGUGAGCCCUCUAUGCCUGUGACCAAAUAAAAUGAGCCCAUACUUAAAUUACACCACCUUUAAAUUGAUACUCUAUGUAGAUAUCACAUUCCGUCCACACGAAUGUUUUUCCUUUAAUAAGUUCAAUUUCACCACCUUGACAUGUAUUUUGACACUUGACGGUUAUUCGUAGAUUUCUGUGUAGACAGGUAAAGGCCGAAUCACAUCAGUUGCUUAUCCAGAACGGCUCUGGCUACCUGCGUAAGUGCGUAGACACGCUGAGAGCCGGAGC